AUGAUUGCUUUGCACAUGUUGACCGUACUGUUGGCAGAUUAUCUGUCCUACAUUCAAGUGUGUUCAAUGAUUUUCGGUCCACUCAAGCUCUUGAUUUUCAUGUGGUAUUUGAAAACCAUUCGCCACGAAGCCAAAAUGCUUUCCAAGAUUUUGAUUGCUCCGACAUUGGCAGCUUCUGAUGUACACUCUUCUUCACAACAAGGAGGAGAGGAACAGCACAAGUCUACCAACUACAUCAGAAAGCGCAUUGUUUGCCAAGUACCUGAUCCAGUUCCAGUCCAACAAUUGCUUCAUUUCAAUGCUUUUCAAACCAUUUGGAUGAAUGUGAACAAAAAAGAUCAACGUUCUGUUCAAAUGCAUCGUUCCCUCUUUGAACCCAAUCACUACAGACCUGUCAUUACAUUCUUUGGAAAAACUCCAAUUGUGACCUUUGCUUCUGUGGACGCAUGUAAAACCAUCUUGACGAAAUGGAGAGAAUUUCCAAAGGAUCCAAUCAUGCUCAGUGAUGAUGUACAUCGCUUUGUGGGUAGAAAUGUCGUAUUUGUGAAUGGUGAUGAAUGGAAGAGACAACGCUCUGUCAUGAAUCCUGCAUUCAACGAUAUUCCCGUAUUAAAUUAUAGCCAUACUAGAAAAGUAUAG